AAUAACGUCUGCCCAUAUUUUCAAUAGUUGAAGUCCAGCAGACAAAGCGAUAUCUCCUAUACAAAAUGUGGUUCCAAAUCGCCGCCCUCUGCCUGGUGUACGGUGCCGUGGCGCAUCCGCCGGCCACGUCGUACCAGUCUCGUGUGGAUCACUAUGACGGACACCACGGACACCACGGACAUCAUGAGAUUCACCACGGACAUCACGAGACUCACCACGGACAUCAUGAGACUCACCAUGGACAUCACGAGACACACCAUGGGCAUCACGAGACUCACCAUGAGCAUCAUAUAACACAUGUGCGGCCUAUGCAUCAUGACCACCAUGGCCACUAUGACCACCAUGACCACCACGACCACCAUGACCACCACGAUCACCAUGACCACCACGACCAUUAUGACCACCAUGACCACCACGGUCAUAUGGAAGACGGUCACCAUGGACACGACGAUGGUCACGAUCAUGGAAAAUGGGAUCACGCAUGGUCUCAUCCUCAUUACAAGUUCUCGUACUCCGUGUCGGACCCCCACACCGGCGACCACAAAUCCCAGGAGGAAUCGCGCGACGGCGACCACGUGAGGGGCGUCUACUCGCUCGUAGAGCCUGACGGCAACGUGCGAACUGUUCAUUACACUGCUGAUGACCACAACGGUUUCCAAGCCGUUGUACACCAUAAGAAGGAGCAUCAUCAUAUUGUUCCUCAUCACCAUCAUCAUCAUGGGCACCAGCAUGAACAUCAUAACUAAUCUGGACUCUAUCUUAACCACGAACUCUUCGAUCUCGACCAACAGGAUAAAAAAUGCAUCUAAACUAACUAUUAUUAAAAGCAACAAACGCCAGCGCUGACGAAUAAAAUCAACAAUUACAGAA